AUGCCUCACAGUCUGCGCGCCAUUGCGGCCGCAGCUCUACCUUCAAUUGUCCUCGCAUCCGUCAUCCAACAACCCAUUGACUCGUUCGAUCAUACCCAAGGCUACCAAUUCGAUCCCCUCCUUCAUCUCCCCGGUAUCUCGCCCUACUUCGAUGCGGUAGGCUUCGGUCUUUCGCACGCUGCGCCUGAGGGAUGCACCGUCACGUCUGCAUCCUACCUCAUUCGCCACGCCGCUAUUUACGCCAACGAUGCCGAGUACGAAGACUAUAUCCAGCCUUUUCUAUACAAGCUUGAGAAACACCGCGGCGACUUCUCGGGUCCAUUAGAGUUCUUAAACAAGUGGUACUCUCCAAUUGAAGAGAAUCAUCUGGAGGAUGUCACGCCCUCGGGCAAGAAGGAUGCCAAAAAGGUCGGAAACCAUCUUUUCAAGCGAUACAAGCAUCUUGCCUCGUCGGUCAAGCGCGUCAUUGCGGAUACCAAGUCUCGAACCUACGAUACCGCCAAGGCAUUCAUACAAGCUUUCCCCGAGGAUGGAAAUAUCGAAAUUACGAGGUUCAACAAGAAGGAGUUGAACAAUGGAACACGUGCUCUCCUUCCUCACAAGGCUUGUUCCAAGUUCUCAAAGUCUCCUGGUACGGAUGAGCAGAAUGAGUUUGUCAAGAACUAUGCCACAUCAGUGUCGCGUCGCUUGCGUCCUUAUACACCCGAUGACUACGAGUUGGCCCCUAAGGAUGUAUUUGCUCUUCAGUCCAUCUGCGGCUAUGAAUCGGCCAUCAAAGGAGAAAAGUCGCCUAUCUGCGGACUAUUCUCCGACGCAGAGUGGUUGUCGUACGAGUACGCUUGGGAUAUGAAGUACGCCCACAUGGUUGGCCCAUUCAACCCUCUUUCCAACUACCUCGGCAUCCCUUGGUUGCACUCCCAGUCAAAGCUUUUUGACAACAUCGACAAGAACUCCGACCUGAUCGAUGACGAGUCAUUGGGUUCCGGUUGGCCCAAGGAGCAGCGUCUCUUCUUUUACUUCACCCAUCGCGAAGUCCCUCCUUUUGUAGCCACGGCACUCGGCAUCUUCAACUCUUCCUCCCACGAGGGCUACGACGAAUUUCCCACCACACACGUGAACCAUGUCCGAGCUUGGAAGAUGUCCGACCUGAUUCCCUUCUUGGGUCACGUCGGCAUGGAGAAGAUGACGUGCAAGCGACCCGAUACCAAGGAUGGUUCUAGCGACGGAGAAGAGUUUAUCAGGUUUAUUGCCAACACUGCGCCUCGACCUCUGCCGCUGUGCCAGAGUGGACCUGGUGCUAGUUGUCCGUUCAAGGAGUUUAAGAAGAUUGUUGCUGCUGGGAUGGAAAAGUAUGGAGACUUUGAUGGUGUCUGUGAGAAUACGAAGGAGGAGAAGGAGGAUGAGUUGUAA